AUGACUUUACUGUGGUUUAUUCUUAUUAUGCGUUGCGGUGUUGUGUUUGGGGAUGAGGUGGCCGAAAGAGCAGUAAGGGAAUUUAAAGAAUUGUGCCCACUAACGCCGAUAUGCCAAUCGCGCUCGACGACGACACCAACAACAACAGCAAAAACAACAACAACAACUACUAGUACAGCAUCAACAGUGGCAUUUACAAACACUUCUAGCAUACCGGAUUUAAACUAUGAGCUCUAUGACUCGCAUCCCAUGGAAUAUUACAAUGUUCCCCCGGAGUGGCACACCGCAGAGGAGUCGGCGCCUCGUGGCUCAUACGUUUGUUGUUUUGAUUGUUCAUGUGAUUCCAACUGUGGCUUUGAUUGCUGUCCUAAUGUUCUGGAGGACUUUAUGGGUCCUGCUGAGGUAGAAGCGACCCGCCAGUGGCAGUGUGUCCAUACGCAAUACAGAAAGUCGGCAAAUGGUUACAUUUAUGACUAUAAUUCUUUAAUGCUUGUUGGACAAUGCCCAAGCACGGUCAACAGCCAAGACGUGAGUGAAAAAUGUAUGCAGGAGUACGACGAUUAUGAAUUUGUGGAAGGUCCGCGGUACUUUGUGCCAGUGUAUUCUAGGUUUACUAAUAGGACGUACAGAAAUAUGUAUUGUGCAGAAUGUCAAGGGGAAACGGAUGGUGAUCUUAAACCAUGGGGUAUGAAUCUGGCAUGUGAAUAUGGCAACGCGUUAUUGAACAGGUUUACGGAUAUCCCAUCCCUUCUUGAUGACCGAACGGACUGCUAUAUUUUCUUCCAACCACCAAAAGAUUUAAAUGCGGGGUUAGAAUAUUGCCCUGAAUACACCAACAGAUGCAACGUAACGGGUUUAUGGACGACGUAUGACUCCGAUAUUGAGGCAGCCUGUUUGUCAUACCGUUCUGUUUACUAUGACUACAACAACGUUCAUUGUUUCUUGUGUAAUGGUGGAGAUGCAUCAUCUGUCUCUACCUAUUGUACUGACCAGGACGGAAGUACCGAUCCUGCUCCAAUGUACUCAUUCAUCUCGUUGCUUGAUUUUAAUGACCUUGAAAAACCCAUGCAAGCGGAAAGGGCAAUGUUGGCUGAUGAAAACUGUGAUCAGGGCUAUAUACAAGAUCCUACUGAGGGUGUGUGUAGACGUAUCUCUUGCGCCAAAGGACAAAUUCUUGUGAAAGAUGGAACAAAUAUUCGAUGUGAGUUGGCAUUUGAAACUGCAGUUGAGUCGAUUGCGGUAAACUUUCAUUUGAGCUAUGCACUAACUUUGAAGAAAGAUUUCGCUUCAAUUAACCGUCCACAUUAUAAUAAGCUACAGACAGUUGCCAUAGAAGAUGUUUACACUAAACUGGAGUUUUUGCCGUUUCUAAUAUCAGGUUUAAAGUUUUAUAUGUAUACACAACUAAACACCAGUGUCGUAGAGCUGCUGGAUGUUUUAAAUAAAACCGACGAUGAAGAUAUUUGGCCACACAUUAAACAGACAUAUGUUUCUGUAUCGAUUCUAGUGAUGACAAAUCCAACUAUAAGUGAAGUCGGUGAAAUGCUGCAUGGUAUGGCUCAGGUUUAUACUGCCUCAGAUGAUCUUUACCUUGUAUUUGACUUGCAAUACACAACAGCCCUAGAUUUUGGACAAGUCUCAUACAAUAACAUAAGCCGCAAUCACAUUGAUAUGCUAUCAAUACCCUUAUGGAUUAAGUCUGGGAUUGAAAACUCGUUUGCUGACGAACACGGUAAUGACAUACUAGUGUUUGAGCAAGGUGACCCUUACGGAUAUCACCAACCUUUUUCAAGUCUUGAAAUAGAAGUCUGGCCGAAUCCAACAUGUCCAAGAAUUAAUCUCCUUUCGGGUGAAACCCAAGAGAAUACUAUUGAAGUGCUGUUAUCCGCAUAUAACGAAGAAGACAAAUCUGAAAAGCGUGGACUCGUAUGUUAUGAUGAUUUCAUCAAGAAUAAAAUUGACACUCCGAUAAAACCAAGUUACCCCAGUUCAGACCAGAAUGCUUUAGCAUGGAUAACAGUUAUCAGUAUGAGCUGUUCGAUUAUUUCUCUUGUUGUAACCAUAGCUGUGUACAUGAGUGUGCCAACAAUGCGACAUCUUCCUGGCCUGAACAACAUCGCGUUAUCAGCAUGCCUGAUUCUAUUUUAUGUGUUUGCUAUGAUAAGCUUUGUUAAUUUUGAUAUAUCCUUAAUUACUUGUCAAGUUCUAGGUGCUGCAUUACAUUUCUCUUUUCUGGCGUCCAUAUUCUGGAUGCUCACAUGUACAUUCCAUUUCACAUUGAUGGUCACAUCUGAUAUAAGCUUUUCAGUAUCUUUAAGUAUCAAGAAACAGUUUCUGAGAUACAUUAUUUUCGUGUUAACCGCGGCGUCUGUCGUUGUCCUUAUCAACAUUUCUAUAAGUUACAUAACAUUAGAUGACAACUCCCUUGGAUAUGGUGGGCAACCGUGUUUCAUAGCAAAACCGUUUCUCAUACUGUAUACAGCUGCUAUUCCAUUAGGUUGUAUUAUUGUUAUGAAUAUUGCGAUGCUAGUAUACGCGUUGUAUACUAUUUCGAAACACUCAAGCGUUAAACCACAUUCAACGCGACGGAACAUUAGUACGUUAAAGAUAUUUGUAAAACUGUCUUCCCUAACCGGAAUUGCUUGGCUGUUUGGAUAUAUAUACCAACUAACUCAUGAAACCGUGGUGGCCUAUCUCUUUGUUAUUUUGACAGCAUGCCAAGGUAUUUUCAUGAUGGUUUCGUUUGUUUUAAACCGCCGGGUUUUUAAGUCAGUGUAUGAAUCAAAGUCUUCUUCAAAGGAAAUGUCAACACGACCCUUUGCUUGA